UACGUUCAACCAUUUUUAAUCUGUAUUCUGGUUAAUUUUUAUUUAUUAAAUUUCAAUUUUCAAAACAAGGCGCGUUGAGUGAGUGCUUGUUAAUGUUAUUAACUUGUCGUGUUGAUAUUUCUUGAAGCUGCCAGCUGGUUUCACGGCGUCUCCAGUGAUAACGUGACGGCGUAGCGCCGUGCCGGCUUGGCUCACCGUCCACGCUUCAUCACGAUUGCCGGCAUCAUGAAACCACGCGACGAUUACAGGAACGGCGACGGCGGAGCUACGUCAUCGGCGUCCCGUUCUGAUGACAGCGACAGUGAAGAGGCGAGCGCCCUCGAGCAGGAGCUGCAGUUGGACGAUCCCGAGGCGCCCGCGCGCACGCUCGCCGCGCUCAAUGCACUGCGGAAAGCGAGGCAGCAUUACGAUGUGCUGCUGGCGGCGGCGGGGGAAGAGGUGGCAGCACACCGCGCCGUCUUAGCGGCUGUGUCCCCAUGUCUGCUGGCCAUGCUGGGCGAGCCGCCGCCCACCGCCGCUCCGGUGACGCUGCGCCUGCCCGGCGUAGACGCGGACGCUCUACGCGAGCUGGUGGAGUACGCGUACACGGGGCGCCUGCGUGUACGCGAUACAGCGGCCGCACGCCGUGCGUACUGCGCCGCCGCCCGCCUGCGUGUGGAGCCUGUACGAGCGCACCUUGCUGAGCGGUUACUGCGUCACCCCACGCCUGGUGACUGCCUUGCUUUGCGCGCGCUGCCCGAUCUUUCGCCGACGCACCGCGCGCUGCUCGACGCGUACAUUGCUGAGAAUUUCGAUGAGAUAUGUUCGAGCGGUGCGCUCGCGGCGCUGCCUCUGAUCCGCAUCGAGCUGUUGCGCGAGACGAGCGCGGAGGGCGGCGAGGAGGCGCCCGCCGCUGUGGCCGACGCGGCGCUCGCCUGGCUGCGCGACCACCACGCCGCUAAUAUCGACUUGGACGAGCUGUGUUCGCGCACGCACCUGCUGUUCGUGGACGGGUCGGGCGCGCUGCGGGACUGCGGCGAGCUGCCGGCCGCCACCGGGGACGCGCCCGAGCUGCAGGAGUACCGCCGCGAGCGGGAGCGCGAGCGAGCUACGCGCCGCCGGGAGCGGGCUGGGGCCACGCACGUGCCGGAUGACGACCAUGUACAGGCAGCGCCGCAGUCGCAAAGCGCGCAGUCGGAGUGCACGGUGAUAGCGGCGCGCGCGGGCGCGUGCGGCGUGACGCGCGCCGUGGUGGCGCUGCGCGGGCGGCUGGCGGCGGCGCGGGCGGCGUGGCGCACGGGCGGGGCGGACGGGCCGCGCGGGGGCAAGUUAGCGGCGGAGGGUGCGGGGCGAUCACGCGCGCAUAUGUCGGUGGGACGCUGCGCGGUGGGAGCGGCGGUGCUCGGCGAGCGCCUCGUUGUGUGCGGCGGCUACGACCGCGUGCGCGUGCUGCGCGCCGCGGAGGCGUACGACCCGCGCACCAACGAGUGGACGCCGCUGCCCGACAUGAAGCGGGCGCGCGCGCGCUUCCCCGCCGCACGCCUCGGGAGCGCUCUCUAUGUGUUCGGCGGCUCCGAUGGACAGACCGAGCUGGACUCCGUUGACGUGUAUGAGGAGAAUGACGCCGGCGGCGGUGCGUGGCGCGCGCGCGCAAAGAUGCCGCUGGCGCGCUCGUACGCGGCGGCGGCGGCGGACCCCGCGCGCGGCGCGCUCUACGUGGUGGGCGGCUGGGCCGGCGGCCGCAGUCUGCGCGCCGUGCACCGCUACGUGCCUGAAACAGACACAUGGAGCGAGUCGUCAGCGCUGAACACGGGCCGCUCGCAGUGCGCGGGCGUGGUGUGGGAGGACGCGCUGUGGGUGUUCGGCGGCUGCGACACGUGGAACUGCAUCGCGUCCACGGAGACGCUGUCGCUGAAGGACGAGGGCGCUGUGUGGGUCGAAGGUCCGCCACUAGGAACCGCGCGGCGUUCAGUAGGCGCGGCAGUGUGGCGCGGGCACGCGGUCGUAGCGGGCGGGUCGGCGGGCGCGGCCUCCUUGCGAGACACGGCCUUCUUGUCCCGCGGCGACGCUGCAUGGAAGGCCGGGCCUAUGCUGCGUAGGCCUCGCGCCGCGCCCGCACUGGUCGCGCUCGACGAUGUACUGUACGCUGUCGGCGGCUUCUCGGGGAAAGACUUCCUGGCGUGCGUCGAGUGUUUGUACGAGCCGGACGGACAGUGGACGACUCUGUGCGCACCGCCGGCGCCAGUGUCGCCUCUCAGCAAGUUGGAUGAUCAUCCGUCUGAACAUACACAAAAGGAGAUCGUCCCGCAGGAGAACGGGUUGAGCCCGCAGUGACGUCACGCGCCCGUUCGCCACACAUUCCACGCGUCCCCUCUCUGUUAACAGCAUUUACCUCAGAGUAACGGUCAUGUCAUUGAGUUAGCAUAUAUUUACGUAUAGCACGCGGCCUGUAAGUUGAACUAUGCGCAGUGAGUUUGGCGAUGUGUUGGUGAUACGCGUAACCAUAGCAACCUUCACGCCAUUACAAUCGCUUGCGAAAUUCUGAAUUAUUUAACGUAUUUAAUGUACCUGGCAACCACGGAGGACGGUUCCAACACUUUGUCUGUAGUUGUAAAACUGACAUUAUGGUUCAACUUACUUGCCGGGGUCUAUACUAGGAAGUUUGAUUUGAAUGUCAUUGAGUUAGCAUAUUUACGUAUAGUACGCGGCUUGUAAGUUUAACUAUGCGCAGCAACACAUUUUAAGGGUGUUCGCAGCGAGCUGAUAUGCGUAACCAUAGCAACCUUCACGCCAUUACAAUCGCUUGCGAAAUUCAACUUACUUGCCGGGGUCUAUACUAGGAAGUAUGAUUUGAAGGGAAAAGCCAGAUUAAUUUUGGACUACAGCGAGAUUAAAAAAAAAUGUGAUCACAUUUUUAAAUAUUUUAAUAUUUAUUAUUAAAUAUUUUACACUUUUCGAUACUUAAAAUAUUUAUUAAUUAUUUUAAGAAUCGAAAUGUGUAAAGUUAACGGCAAACCGAGGAAUAUGAACCCUAUUCCUCGGUUUUAAGUUCCGAAUUUGUUUGCAGCUUUAUUUGGUGUAUAUUGAUGAUUUAUUACUUGUCAUGACAGUUUUUGGGUUACAUGUAUCAUAAUUACUUAUUGCUGUAUACAAUUUAUUAUUUUAUAUUUCACUAAUGAAAUUGAAAUAAAAUAUACUAUUUUUAUAAAAGUAAAGUAAUAUUUUAAAGUUUUACUAUUGCACGAUAAUUAUAUGUAUUCAAAAAGGUAAAGAUUUUCUCGAUUUCGGCAGUUUUUUAAAGUAAGCAUUUUAUCUAAUGCAUUUAUUGUUAAUAUUUUAUAUACUUAUUAUAUUUAUAUGUAUAUUAUAUAGUGUUCGUGAACCUUUACUUUUCACUCUAUAAAGGACACUUGUGGUGGUUUUAUGCACUUGUCUUUUCACUGAUAUAUCGACUGAAAGGUUUUAUAUGAGUAUGUUUUAUUGUUCGUCUUAUACAGGGUGCUCGGGAGUAUUUUCCAUAAUUUCAAGGUAUUAACGAGACCGAGUAUUUAUAGGAGCCGAAGUGCAUAACUAAUAUUUUUUUUAACUAAAAAGUAAAAACUUUCAUGUUUUCAUACAUACCUGAUAAUGAUUGUUCUUGGUUUUUCUUCUCUUUUGUUUGUAAAUUAUUUUUUAACGAUAUUUAUCAAUGAAUAAGUUUAUAUAUAAUAGGAAUACGGAUGCUAUAUAAGGUACACAAUUUAAGAUCUAUUUACAAAAGAAACAUUUUUUACUUCAAAAAUAUUCAUUAUAGAAUACAUGUUUCUUAGACAUUUUUUAUUAAAUUUCCUUAGAGAAUAUAACCCUAGAGUUAUGGGAAAUUUUCCCGAGCACCCUGUAUUGAUAAUAAAUAGCAUUCCAACAAAAAAUAUUAUUACUAAUAAUAUAAGUAUUAUACUCUUAAUAUCAUUGUUACUCUGAGGCAUUUACAAUAUAAAGAUUUUAUAUAGUAGGAACUGUUUGCGUAUCGUCUCCGUCGCCAUAUUUCGGGACGCGAUUAGUAUUUUAACCUUGAGUAUUAUAUUUAAUGUUUUAGAUAAAAUUAGGAAUUGUCAUAAAAAAAAUUCCCGUCACAGAAAUUUUAGCAAUAAAGCUAUUGACACAUUAGCCCGCACCGAACUUAAUUUUAACUACAUUUUUAUUAUGAAAACUAAAUUUGGAGCGAAACGUAAAUUAUAUUGAUUGGUUAUUUCGGUGGGGUACUGUGUGAUCAAAUUAUGGUGCAUUUUCAUUGGUCGAUAACUCGAUCGAUAAGUGACAUGAGUGAUUUCUGCAUAAGAGAUGAAAAAUCAUCAGUAAACCCUUAAUAGCUCAACGGUAAAAGCGAUCAGAAUCAUCAUCGAGGGGUGCUGGUUCGAUCUCCGCUGUGUUGGUCUAUUGUCGUACCCACUCCUAAUACAGUCUUUCCCGACUAGUUGGAGGAGAAUGGAAAUAUGGGUCAUUUAAAAAAAAAUGGCAAAUAUUAAAAAAAAAACAUGAAACCUCGUAUUGGUUAUGAAACGAGAGAUAGUUGCGUGCGAAGUUCUUGUCUCGCUUGAACAAACAAUCAGUGAUGUGCCUUGUGAUUAUCGAUAUUUGUGGAUUAUCCAUAAUUUCUCGCACUUGUUUAUCGACCAAUGAAAGUUACCUAAGCAAAUAGGGGGAUACUGGUGUUAUUAAUAAUAGGGCUACUAAGAUACUCUUAAAAUUAACAUCAAGUAUAUUAUGUGAAUGUUAGGUGUUUUUGUGUCGGGAGUUUAAAAAUGUAAUUAUUAUCAGCCGUGCGCUAUUGAACCUACCUCAAAAUUUAUCGUGGACCGCGCACUGCCUUGGUGACUACCAACUUCUAUAAUUUCGGCAUAAUAGGGUAGUUGAUUCAUAUCAAAGGGGAAUGUCCAUUCCCGGCCCAGACCUUUCGUCCCCGCCCCCCACUUUACAUAAAACUAAAAAAUACUUGAUAAUUUUUGUUUAAUAAUGAAUAAAUUACUUUAUCCAUAGCGGUUUGCUAUAACUUUCCCCAAAAAAUAAGUUUCGCAACGAUAUUUGACAAUAUGAUAGUUGUUGCAUGACAUUUUUGAAGACACGAACAUGAACAGUGUUGCCAGCUAAGUGAUUUAUUUGGUUUAAUCAAUAUUUUAACCGAAUAAUAAUAAUCGAUCUUUAUCUACAACAAAAUCACCUGCAAAAGCAAAAGUUGUAAUAGAUUAUAAUGUUUUUGAUUAUAAUAUCUGCCUCACUCUUUAAAAACCAUUGCAUAGUCGACAUUAUAAAACGUUUCUUGAUAUCAAAGUACCUAUUAUAUUUUUCGCAAUAAUCAACCACUAAGAACUCAUCUGAUUUUUUUAGUUUAAUCGAUAUUUAAAUGGAUAAUAAUAAUAAUCGAGCAUAACAUUAAGAACAUAGGAUCACUGCGUAGAAACAUUACCAACUACGCCAUUUAAAUACUAUCUAUACUAAUAUUAUAAAGCUGGAGAGUUUGUUUUUUAAUCUCAGGCACUACUGGUCCGAUUUGAAAAAUUCUUUCAGUGUUAGAUAACCCAUUUAUCGAGGAAGGCUAUAAGCUAUAUAUUAUCUCCGCAUUCCUACGGGAACGGGAACCACGCGGGUAAACCGCGCGGCGUCAGCUAGUAUAAUAUAUAAUAUGAGUAGUAGCGCAAGCCCGUAACUUCGGCGCGUGCAAUGCGGUUUUUUUAUACAAUUUUUCCAUACUCUAUAUAAGCUAGCUACACGAUCGGCCAACGCGCAAGCUACAGCUAUACUAAGCUGAUAUAAAUAAGUGGUCAAAAUGGUCUUAAUAGUUGAUAUUCAAUCCCUUUCUUCCGAUAACUUUAUCCUUUCAUUCGAUCUAACUAAAACAAAUUCUAUAUAUUUCUAUGUAUGUAUGUAAUAGUAUACAUAUUGUAGAUAAUAUAUUAUGUUUACAUAAUACAUUGACAUAAAAUUGCAGGCGUCCGCAAUUUUGUCCGGGUGAAAACGCAAUAUCAUGACAAACUACUUGUAUAAACCUUCUUCUUGAAUCACUUUAUUUAUUAUUGAAAACCAAUAAAAACCAUUGCGUCGUGUAAAAGAUGGUGAAAACAAUGACGUGUUAUUCUAGUAAUAAAAUUAUUCAAUUAGAAAUCGAUACGAAGUUAUUCGAUUUUUCGUGUUUCGUAUGGCAACAUCGAUUUGACUUUUGGACAGAUAAUCUGUUGAUGUCAAUAAUUGUCAAUGUCAUUCUCAUUUUAAUAAUUAGUUAAUGUCAUUGAAUUAAUUUACUGAUUUUGUCUGUUUUCUGUUUACCUUCAGUAUUUUUUGAACCGAAUUAUAAUUUUUCAAACCACAGCUAUAAUAUAAAUAAAACUUGCACGAAGUUAAAUUCGAAAUUCGAAUAAUGUUGACCCUGAACCGGAAAAAUUACAAGUUUAUUUCAGCUCUCAGAUAUAAAUACAAGAGGACAUUUACGCUGCAUUAAUCAAUGUUAAUAUCAAUAUUAAAAUUAUUAUAGUUGGCAUCAAUUGUCAAUAAAAUGUCACGAAAAUACGAAUACAUUCUGUUUGAAACAUGCUCGUAAACAAGUACACAGCAGGUGCAGGCAGCAUAAAUAAUGUUUGAUCCAUUUUUAAUGUGAAAAACGAUUAUUAUUAAUAAGAAAUAAUAUGUAUAACUUUAAUAAUUUUUGUCAUGUUAUUGUGUCAAGUCACAACAGAGUGUAGUUUCCCAUAUAAGUGUUGAAGUGUCGCUCAGUGUAUUUUUAUGACUAACCAAUAUUGCUGUAUUAAAAAGUACAUUUACUGUGUAAUUACUGACGUAAAAGGAAUAACAUCUAGUCAGAUGUAGGACAGCACAUAGGUUUUCUUGCAUUGUUGAUGGUUUGUUCAAGCAAUAUUUAGUGCAUAGAAGUAUUAUAGUAUAUUUAUCCUACUUUCCUGAUUAAUAUUAAAUGUGAACUGUGAGUUUGUAUGUCAGUUUGCUACAUUUUCAUACCCUAAACCAAUUUUAAAACAGUAAUAAAUUGUGCAUACUAGAGAAUUAUCUUAAUUCUCUGCGUGUGUGAAGUCUGCCAAUCCGCAUUGGGCCAGUGUGGUGGACUAUUGGCCUAACCCCUAUCAUUCUGAGAGGAGACUCGAGCUCAGUAGUGAGCCGAAUAUGGGUUGAUGAUGACAACGAAUAAAUUGUGGAAUAACAUAACAUUAUUAAAUCCACUAAGUAAACCAAUUUUAAAACUCUGAUUAAAUUAUUUGCUGGAUUUUCAUAUUUUAUUACUAUUUCAGUUAUCCAGAGUCAUCCCAAGUUUGUCAAAAUUGCUGGAAAACGACUGAUAAAGCAGCAUCUUGCUCAACUGAAGAACAGAAAAUAAUUAUGUAAUAGUGACAAACACUCCAAAUCAAUGUUGUUUUCCUCGCUGUAAUACAUUUGUAAAUUCAUUUAUUUACAGUGCUUGUAAACUAAGCCUUGGUUUUGCAAACAAGCACUUUUGAAAUAAUAAGGUUGACUAUUUGUCCAUCUCCAGACAGACAGAAAGAAAGAAAGAAAAUAUAUUUAUUACUACAUUAUGCCACACACCACAAUUAUUUAAGAAUAAUACCCUGCGAUAUGUGGCAUAACCUAGAAAAAGGUCCUAGCUCAGCAUAUUGCUGUAUGCUCCCCAUAAACAAAGAACAUACAGCGCUGAUUUUCAGCUAGGACCCAGUUCUAAGUGCCACCAUGAAAACAGGCAACAUAAACCUAUAUUUAAAGCAAAACCAAAUUAAAACUUAUAACUAGUUUAAAAUAUAUAAAAAAGAACAAAAAGAAAAAUUAUAUAACAUUAAAGUACCUACAGUAUUAAAACCAACAAUCAAAUUUAUUCCCAAGUUUAAUAACUAUACUAUUAUUAUUUAGUAUUUACUUACUAUAACUACAUAAUAAAUAAAAAAAGAAAAAGAAAAAGAAUAUUUAUAUAAAAAUGUAAUAUGAAUGAAUAAUUACUAAAUUUGUACAUUAUUAAAUAUAAUAUUGAUUACACAUAUAAGUUACACAUAGUAUAAUAUAUAAAUAUUUGCUAUAAGAAAGAAAACUCCGCCACAUGAUGCUGACAUGAUGACAGACAGACCUCACCAGAUAGGAAGACAAGUUCUGCUGAGGAGUGUCAGCAAGAAACUCAACAGUCACUCUUUUUUAGAAAAGUAAUACAAUAUUAUAAUUUACAAUUGUUAACAUCAUUACAAUAAUUUCUUCUAGUAGAAGCUGAUCUAAUGGCCUCCAAGUAGUGGUGUGCACUUCAUACAUGCAUUAAAGUACUGCAUAUCCUAAGAGUUGUCUUCAUUAGUAAAUACAGAUUUUUCCACUUUGCUUAAUUUUAUUACUAGUGCAUACCCUGACCGACAACCAUAUGCACGCCACUGCCUGGUUGGUUGGUUGUUUCAUUUAUUGAUUUAUUUGUUAAGCUUGUUGGUUACAUAAAACAAUAAAUCUAUUCAUGUACAGCUUUAAUGUUACUUCAUCUCCGGUGUACUUUUUGAGCAGUGAGAGUGAUAAAAUAAAAUAUUUUUUUUUAUGUCUAGCAAACUUUUAUUAAAAAAAUUAUUUAACCAAAUCCUUAUUUAUACAUCAUAUUAUCAUCUCCAUAUACUUUUAUGGGGGGGCGUAACUGGGUUUCUUGGGCCAAAGUUGUAUGGGCUGGUGGACAUUCCCCUUUAAUAUAAACAAUAUUAAUUUCGCAUGGAAUAAGGGUUCGAAAUAUAUCGAUCUUAAUUAAUAAAAGUUAAGGAUUUCAUAGAAAACUUAAUUUGAAAAUAAUGUAUUUUAUAAAUUUUUCUAAACGUCAAAAACGCUAUUAUGUGACGUCACAAUGUUACUUGAUGUACUAAAGCGAUAAACGUAAAACUAAUAAUUUUGACAAACACUAAUCCGUUUGGUUUAGUGUUUGUCAAAAUUAUUAGGUUUAGUGUUAACUUGACGUCAUGUAACGAUAAAGUAUCAUCCAUAGACCAUAGGCAUAGACCAUCAUGGCCGAUAGCGUUUUGGCUCGUAUUGUUAAAAAAAAAUUAACAAUUAAAAUUUUUAUGUAUUCACUUCUCGAAAAUAUAUGAUGAUUUUUUUCAAUAUAGUUGAACGAUAAUAAACAUCUAUUUUCAUAAAAUACAUACUAUAUUUGACCAAUAAUAUAUUUUGUCCGAAUUUAUAAUUUUAUUUUAUAGCAAUGAUCGAAAGAAAACCACAAAUUCAACCUAUUUUUACUGACACACACAAAUAGGACAAAAAUAUAUCUGCUAUAAUAUUACGAGUAUAGCCAGUUUCUUCGAAAAUUCCAUUAUACUACCUACUUCGGAAAAUAUCCAAUUCAUAGACUAUAGAAGUUGAUGGUCAACAAAACAGUGCGCGCGGUCUACGGGUCGAUGCCUUUACACGCAUUUUUAUAAAACUUUAAUUAUAAUCGCCUGGGAUCAUUGGUGUUUUAUAUUUAACCGCAAAUUUAUAUAUUUAAUGGUGUUUGUUAAAUGCAAUUCUAAACAAAAUUUACAGGUCUAAAAGUAGUGCAACACAAUUUGGUUUUUAUGAUUGACAUUGGACAACACUAUUUAUUAAACCUGUCAAUUUAGUUCAGGAUUUGUAAAACAGAAUUAGCGUCGAUGUUAUAGAAUUCAUUGUGAAGAAAUGUGAGAUGAUUUUAAUUUGUAUAUCGUGAAACCUUACAGUGAAUGCUCCAUAUAGAUAUAAGAUAUUUAAGCCUUGAUUUAAUUGUAGAUUUAUUCCUUUAAAUCGCAUAAUAUUGUAAUGAAAUUAACUGUGCAUUCCAUAUGUACCAAUGUUACUUUUAUAUACUAACAUGCAUUAUUUUAUUCGUUGGAAGCAUUUUAACUGAUUUUAGAAUAUUAUCUGGCACAAUUAAGUCAUUCCCACGUGUUGAAUUGUUUUUUCCAUGAAUUUAUUGAAUUUGUAUGACAUUUUCGAUGGUCAUUUAUACAGAUUUGUAUAAAAAUCUAAUAUACGUGUGUGUAUGAUUCUCGAUUAUAUUAAAGUAUUUUAACGAUUCGUCCAAAAUAUUUUAAUUUACUAUUUAAUAUAAACUGUUUCUGACCUUGAAUUUAUAAUAUUUCAUGGAUCCAUUGAUUUCAAGGUGAAAUACACACACGCAGUAUGUGCCAAACUUCUAGUCCUCUCUGUAGUUGCAACUAGGGUUGCCAACCGUACUAUAAUAUAUAGUAUUGUAGUAUAUUUCGGGUCUGCGUACUACAUACUGUUGAAGAAAUAUAUAGUACGCAAAAAUACUUUAUUUUUUACAUAUUAAAUGUGAAAAAGCAUGUCGCGCUCAUAGUUUUAACAAAAAAUUCUUAAAAAAUGUAAGAAAUAAAUGCUAAUAAAUACAGUUUUUAUAAAAAUAAAUAGGCAACAAAUAUAAGUAAUAAUCUUCGUCUAAAAAACUACUAAUACUAUAUUUUCUUUAUGUGUACUAUAUAUUUAGACCUUAAAUCUAAAUAUAUUUAUAUAUUAUAUUUUGCUGAAAAAAUGUUGGCAACCCUAGUUGCAACACGCCGAAGUGCACAUACAUUAUAGCCCUGAUGGGAUAAGCCUCGUUUUCGGAACAGAAUCGAAGUUUUGCACAUACUAUACCCCAUUUAUAGAUUUCCGAUUAUUAAAAGCCUUCCCAUCUAAAUCUUUGAAAGAAUGCUUCGGAAAACUAUGUUUAUUAUAUUUUGUUGCACCCCACAUUAUUUUUUUUAAAAGACUUUAGUAAAUGCAUUCUAUUACAAGGAAUACCAUUCCUUGUAAUAUAAUGCAAUAGAAUGUAAUAGAAUGUCUUUUUUAAGAUAUUUUAAUAACAUUCCUUUCAUUUUAAAUCUAAUAUUCAUGUUCUGUUAACACUAAAUAAUAGAUGAAUUUAAUCAUCAGAAUCGUAAAAACUACCAUAAAAACAUUGUUUUUUUUUUAAGAAAAAAAUAUUAUGUCUACGAGUAUGUGUACUCAACUUGACAGAAUUUCGCCCUAUAUCUGUAAAACAUCUUGAUAGUUUAAAUGACACAAUGCUAUGAUUGAAGAAAUUCGAAAAUUCAGUAUUUUUUUUAAUUUGCGAGGUACUGAAAUUUCAAUUGCAAUCCUCGAUCGAAAAUCAUUAGCAAUUUAUAAAUGUCAUACGUAUCAGCAGGAGUAAUAAAACUCAGAUAAGUAGGUAAUAAUAACUAAUGUACGCAAAACGUCUGAAACCUUGUGAAAUUAUGUGAAAAAAAAAUACUUUACUUUACUAAUAUUUUGGUUGUUGGGAGUAGGAAAAUUAUGUAAAUACUUAUUUAAAUUUGUCAUCUAUAUUACAAAAUUGGAUAUUGUUAAAUAUCAUAUUAAUAACGUGAAAUUUCUGUUAACCAACUUCAUAAUCGAAUGCAAUGUUUGCGGUCUCGGACCUGCAAGGCACUGUUGCUUCCAUCAAAAUAGGAUUAAGAUUUCUAUUGUAACCUUUACUGGUUUAGUAAUGUACCUAUGACACCAUUAGCAAUAAAUAUAUCCUAUUUUGCAAUAAAUUAAUAAAAAUGUUUAUAUGUCAAACAUGCCAA